GUAAAGGGUCCAUUAAGUCUGGCUUUAGAAGCAGAAGGAUUAUGCUCUUUCUUUAAAAGUAAUUUAACCAGGUAAAUCGGGCUGGUCUAACUAUACUUGACUUGAAAGCUCACUUGAUUUCCUAAGUGCUAGACUCAGACACAAACCUCCGGACCAACCCCUCCUGCUGGCUUGAACUUUCCAAGCUCUGCAAAAUAUAUAUGUGUGUAUAUAUAUAUGAUAUGCAAAUGCACACAGGCAGCCCCGGCCUCGGUUGCCAGACCCGAGAUCCAUCCCAGCUCGCCUGCGGUUUAGGCUGCAUUUCCCUGGCUGCCGGCGAGCACCUCGGGGGGGGGGCAAAGCCCCUUUUCCCACGCCUGGUGCCGUGUCUUCCCCACCUCCCGGGGGUACAAACUCUCGGGAGCUCAGCGAGGGCGUCUGGAGCCGCCCGGUACAGGCAGGGCAGGCAGCACCCGGCAGUGCAGGCAGCGCAGACAGUGCAGGCAGCGCCUGCCCGCCCACUGGCCCCGGCAGAACCGCCCGGCAGCCCGCGGCCGGCCGAGGAGGGAUGUCGGGGGUGUGGGGGGGAGGCUUUUCUGGGGAUCUUUUCUAGCCUUUUUUUUUUUUUUAAUCAAUUAAAGAAAAUAAUGCUUUCUGUUUGCCACCAGGCCCCGCCUGCCAUUGGCCAGGGCUGGCCACGUGACCAAUUGGCUGCAAUUUCGCCCCAGUCUCGAGUUUAAUAGAGCAAGGUCCCCAUACGCCUGUAUUAUCAGCAAUAUAACAAUUAUAAAAAGCCCGAGAACCAUCAUCAUCACUGCCAUAAAAACUGAGGCCCUCAGAUUUCUUUCCCUCUCCCCCUCCUCCUCCCUCUCCCCCCUCCCGCUUUUUAAACCCUGGGCCCUGGAAAAGCCAUGAAUUUUGAAUUUGAGAGGGAGAUCGGGUUUAUAAAUAGCCAGCCUUCGCUCGCAGAGUGCCUGACGUCUCUUCCCGCUGUCCUGGAGACAUUUCAAACUUCAUCAAUCAAGGACUCGACAUUAAUUCCUCCUCCUUUUGAGCAAACCGUCCUCAGCCUGAAUCCUUGUUCCAGCAGCCAGGCAAGACCGAGGAGCCAAAAAAGAGCAUCUCAUGGCCUGCUCCAGCUCCAGCCCCAGCCUCCGGCACAGCCCGGCCCCUUGGCAGCGGAAUUCCCCUGGAUGAAGGAGAAGAAAUCGUCCAAGAAAGCUACCCAGGCUCCAUCCUCUUCUUCCUCCUCUUCCCCCCCAUCAUCUUCCUCGGUGCCGGUCCCUGCCGUAGGAUCUCCUGCAGACAUCCAGGGGCUGGCAGACACCAGCGGCUCCAGGAGGCUCCGGACCGCGUACACCAACACGCAGCUGCUGGAGCUGGAGAAGGAAUUUCACUUCAACAAAUACCUCUGCAGGCCCCGGCGGGUGGAGAUCGCGGCUCUGCUCGACCUCACCGAGCGGCAAGUCAAGGUCUGGUUCCAGAACCGCCGGAUGAAGCACAAGAGGCAAACCCAGUACAAAGAACCCCUCGACGGGGAUCUCGUCUACCCCCACCUGGAUGAGGGCAGCGACCCCGCGGAGGAGGCUGAGGAGACCCCCGCUUUCGGGCCGGCUCCGGAGCCCGGCGGGCCCUACCAAAGCAACAAACCGGGGAGCGAGGAGCCCGGGAGCCCGAGGUUCGAGGCGGCCGGGGCGGAGCGGGCGGCCGCGGGGGAGCCCAUCGCCGCCGCCGGCCCCUCGGAUCGUGCCUACCCCGAGAGCCAGGACUCGCCUUUGUUGCCAGAGCUGAGCAUCUUCUCGGCAGAGUCCUGCCUGCAGCUCUCGGAGGGGCUUUCCCCCAGUCUCCAGGGCUCCCUGGAGAGCCCCGUCCACUUCUCCGAGGAAGACCUGGACUUUUUUACAAGCGCACUUUGUACUAUAGAUUUGCAACAUUUAAAUUUCCAAUAGCGACCCCCGCUCCCCCCACCCCCCCGCCUCGCCGUUUCUGUCCCUUCCAGGCGCACCAGCCCCAUCCCGAGCCACUGCCAGCCCCCGCCCCCCCCCCCCCCCAGCCUCCUGUAAGGGGAGGACACCCCCAGAAAUAAACCCAAGCCGUCUCUCAUUCAAUCACCCCAUCCUGCCCGCCAAACACUUUCUUUUAAAGCUCCUCACACUGUGGGACCCGAAUCACCCUCCCAAUAUUUAUUCUAGAAGGCUCACACGAAAGAACAGCCCGAUUUUUGCUAAAUGCAGGUAUUUAAUUGUAGUUUUAUUUUUUCCUUAUUUAUUUGAAAGAAAGCACCCUAUAGUUCUCACACACAUCAGAGAUGUCAGCCCCCAAGAGAAAACAUUUGUAAAUCCUUCAAGCGACUUUCUCAGGAAUCAGAACGAGACUUUUAGAUUUCUUAAUAAAAUAAAAAUUAAAACAAAUAAAAAACAACAGAGGAAUUUUCCUUCCUCUUUUUAAGUUUUAGAUGUAGACUAUUUAUUCAAAUCCUUUAAUAGUAAAUGGCAAAUUAUUUAUUGUACAUUAUUUUCAUAGAGUAAAUAAAUGUCUUUAUAAAAUCA